AUACUUGUUAUUCCAUCAUAUUAUUUCAAAACUAUCUAUAUAAUGGAACGGUGAAUCUACAAUCUACAUCAAUGUCAAUAUCAGCUAAACUAAGAUGAAACUAACAUAUUAUAUAUUAUAUAUUUUAAGUAUUGCUUUGGUCUGCUUAUCAGCGACCACAGCCAAUACCGAACGUCAAAGAAUAGAAAAAAUGAUUAAAGAAUGCCAAAAAGAAUCCCGUUCAACUGUAAAUGAAAUCGCAAACAUUAACAUUGGGGAUACAAACGCUGAUACGGGUAAGCAAGCUCUUUGUGUUCAUCGUAAAUUAGAAACACUGGAUCAGAAUGGAGACGUUAUUCCUGAUAAGUUCAAGCUACACAUUGAAGCUAUUACUGACGACAACGAUCAUCGGAAAGAGUUUCAAGAUAAAUGUGGCAAAACUCAGGGAAAAAAUCCCGAAGUCAAAGCUGUUAAUUUUGAUAAAUGUAUGCAAUCCGUCCAUGCUUCAUUUAUCUAAAAGGCUAUAAAAAUAUGAGGAAUGUAUAAAUAUAUAAUAUAAUUUCUAAUAAAAUUUAUUUAUAUUAA